AUGGGCGCCCAGAAGAAGAAGAUCAAGUUUGUGAACAAGGGGCUGCUGAACCAGAAGAUCAAGCAGCGCAAUGUGAAGAAGAAGUUCCAGGCCAUGAAGGACAAGAAGCGCAAACGCUUUCAACGCAACAGCGACGCGCCCAGCAAGAAGAAGAAGACGCCGAAUCCAGCGGCGGAGAGUGUUGGCGGCGUCCAGAAAGGAGACGAGUCGGACAUGAUGAAUGAGAUGGACGUAGACGAUUUUCUGAAUUUUGACUUUUCCCAGUCGGACGACGAGAACGACGAGAGUGGGAGUGAGUCGGGGAGCAAACACUUAGUGGAGAAGAGUCACGAGGAGAAGGAUGAAGACGACGUGGACGCUGAUGGCAGUGAUAGCAGCAGUGAAGAGGAGGACGAGAGCGCUCUGAAUCCUCUUUACAUGACAGGCUCGUCGUUUGGUGGAGACGACGUGGAGGAGGAAAAGGAAGACGCGAAAGUCGAGGUCGAAGAAGGAGACGCUGAUGAACAGGUAGAGCAGGCUGCUGGACGCGUGGUGUUGACAUUGGAGAUGCUGCAAAAGGCCGAGCACGACUGUUUUGAGACCAAGUCGGUGACGGGGCUCCGUCGCUUGAUCAAGAUGUUUAGCGACGCCUGUCGCUCGAGUGAUGCGGCAGAUAUGAGCAAGGACGGUGACAUCUUGUUUGAUGUUCAGAGCAGCGCCGUGUACAACCGACUGAUGGUGAACGUGUUUACUAAAACACACGAGACUCUGGUUGCGUUAGUAGCGCUAGAGGCUUCAUCGUCUACGUCCGAGCAAGGCACUGGAAUGAAGUUGGACGACAAGAAGUGGAAGAAACAUGCCCUCGUGAUCCGUCGAUUCUUCAGCUGCGCGUGCUACUUGCUCGAGCAGACCACCGACCAGGACAUCCAGACUUUUGUGCUGCGUCAGUUGGUGCAUUAUAUCCCGUUUGUAGUCCCAUGUCCGAAGACCUCGCGAAGGAUGCUGAAGGCUUUGCUGAAGCUGUGGGCAAAGUCGCUGAACGCCAACGUGUGCAUGCUGGCUUUCGUUCGCAUUCGUGACUUGGCUUUGGCAGUGCCUUUCCCGUUCUUGGAGCUUUGUUUGAAAGGCGUAUAUGUGACGUAUAUGCGUAACACCAAGUUCAUGAACGAAGCGACUCUGGCUCACCAUAUACUGAUGGGCAAUUGUGUGGUCGAGCUGUUUGGUCUGGACCUAAGCAGUUCAUACCAGCACGCUUUCGUGUACAUCCGUGAGUUGGCUAUUGCCGUGCGCAAAACAAUUACCUCUCCUGGCCCCGAUUCGUUCAAAGCUGUUCUCAACUGGCAAUUCUUCAACCAGCUGCGCGUAUGGACUGCUGUGCUGUGCGCAUACCCUGCCGAGAACCAGCUUCGCGCGCUCGUGUAUCCUCUAAGUCAGCUAUUGCUUGCGAUUGUGCGACUGUCAAGCACACUGCGCUUUGUUCCGCUGCGUUUCCACUGCGUCAAGUUGCUGCAGCAGCUCGCAUUGGCCACCGACUCUUUUAUUCCCACAAGUCCAGCUCUGCUUUCGGUUCUACAGCUAGAGCCGUUCCGAUCGUCGUACAAGACUGGCGGUGGCAAAAAAGGAUCCAAGAAUGCUAAGGGUAGCAGCGUCACGACUGACGUGGAUUUGGCGCUGUGUGUGAAGCUGUCCAAGACGGCACUGGAUGCGAAGCGUGUGCAUGACCAGAUCAUCGUGCGUCUCUUUGAGCUGUUGCAGCGAGAGUGUGAUGUCUACAAGUUCAGCGUGGCGUUUCCAGAGCUUGCCGUGCCACUGCAGCUUGCUCUGAACAAGUUCAUGCACGCAUGUGCCAUUCCGAAGUGGAAAGCGCAGGCGCGCGGUCUCAGCGACAGUGUCAAGAGACGUGCUGAAUGGAUCCGCUCCAAGCGUAGCGGGCUGGAGCUGUCUCCGAAGGACACGGCUCAGCUGCACGAUUUCAUGCGUGCUGAGCGCGAGGCAGCUGUGAAGGAGCUCUUUGAAAAAGACGCAGCUGAAUUGCAGAGCAAGCUAAACGCGUCAGCUGAGGUUGUAAAGGACAAGAAGAAGGACAAGGAGUCGAAUGGAGAGGAUGGCGACAAGAAGAAGAAGAAGAAGAAGAGGACGAAAAAACAGCGUGGCAGCAAGACGGGCACGGUGGUGGACGAGGACACUGUGGCCAAGGUGAAGAACAUGUCGCUCAAGGAGUUCCACAAGUCGGUAGCUGCAGUGGACGCUGCGGAUCAAGUGGGCGACUUUAACUUGUCGUCGGACGAAGAGUAA